AUGCAAGGAUUCGUGGUGGAACGGAAGGCCGGUUGGGACGCACAUGGCUUGCCAGUAGAAAGAGAGGUGGAGAAGACUCUGGGACUCAACACUUUAGCGGAGGUUGAGUCCUUCGGCGUGGAACGCUUCAACCGGCUGUGCGCCGAAAGCGUUUGGAAGUACCAAGCCGAAUGGGAAAAUUUGACUCGAAGGAUGGGCUAUUGGACAGACAUGAAGAAUCGAUACGCCACCCUGGAUCUGGAAUACAUGGAGUCGGAAUGGUGGGCUCUGCAACAGCUCUGGAAAAAGGGCUUCCUCGAAAGGGGAUACAAAGUCAUGCCUUAUUCUCCCAAAACCGGGUGCACCUAUUCAAACCGCGAUGUGGCGGUGGGGUACAAAGAGGUCACCGACCUCACUUGUUACGUACGGUUCCCUUUGGUGGCAGCAUCGCUCCCACCCAAGCUCACGGAUCUGCUUUGUGGGGCGGCCGAAGCUUCCUUGCUGGCGUGGACAAGUACCCCGUGGACGCUCCCCGGCAACGUCUUGCUCGCUGUCAACGAGACUUUGAUGUAUGUCUUCGUUGAGGUGACUGAAGCGGGCUCAGCAGCAGCAGAGGGAGGCAGCGACAGAGGGCCGAAACACCCCGAAAGCGAAACAAGCCAUUUCCGCCCGGGCGAGGUGCUCUGUGUGGCCGAGGCACUCCUUCCAGAUCUGGAAAAGAAAAUGUUCUCUGCGGCACACAAGCCCAAAGUUGUUGCACGACUGCCAGGCUCUGAACUCGUCGGUGCAAAAUACGCACCGCCGUUUCCGGCAGAAAACCAAGGCGAGGACUGCACCCAACUGUGGCGAGUUGUCGCGGGUAGUUUUGUCGACAGUAAGACAGGAACAGGGCUGGUACACGUGGCCCCGAUGUACGGUGAAGACGAUUUCCUCUUGUGUAUGUCCCUUGGUUUCGAUUUGAGCCGCCCCGAGUGCCAGCAUGUCGUCGGACAAGACGGUUGCUUCAUGGGUAACUCUCGCGUGCCCGUAUCGCUUCAAGGGCUGGACGUCACAUGCGAACGAACCCAAGAGGAGGUGUUGGACCUGCUCCAACAGAGAGAACGCCUCUGUCUUGUCGAACAAUUGACCCACAGCUAUCCGCAUUGCUGGAGGAACAAAAAUCAUCGCCUGCUGAGAUAUGCGAUGGAGUCGUGGUUUGUGACCAUGGGAGAUCCGACGGUACGUGUCCGGAUGCAGCAGCUGAACCGCGAAGAGGUCCGCUUUGCGCCAGAGAGAGUGAAGGACGGCCGAUUUGGAAAUUGGCUAAAGGAAAGCCGGGACUGGUGCGUCAGCCGUCGACGCACUUGGGGCUGCCCAUUGCCGCUGUGGGUUUGUCACAAAGAGCUUGGUGGUUGCGGGGCUGAGUGCUGUGUUGGCAGCAGUGCCGAACUACGAUCCAUGCUUAUCCCUGGUUGCGAGGAAGUAAUGCUGGACGACCUGCACACUACCACAGUGGACUCUCUUCAGCUGCAAUGCAGCGUGUGCUCUUCAGUCACAGCCAUGUCCAGAGAGCCGUAUGUCCUGGAUUGCUGGUUUGACUCUGGAUGCGCUCCGUUCGCCCAGCAUUACGACACCAAAGACAACGCCGACCACCCCGUGGUGGACUUUGUGGCAGAAGGCCAGGAUCAAUGUCGAGGUUGGUUUUAUAACUUGCUGGCUCUAUCCACAACGCUAUUUGAUAGACCCGCGUUCAAGAAAUGCCUUGUUCUUGGGCUGGUUCUGGACAAAGACGGAAAAAAGAUGUCCAAGUCACUUGGAAACGGUGUUGAUCCCUGGCAUCACUUUAACGAAGAAGGCGCGGAUGCUGUGCGCUGGUAUUUGCUGGGAAUGUGUGCCCCGUGGGCAGAUCGCCGCUUCGAUGUCCCGAAAGUCCGUUCUGCCAAUCAGAAGUUCUUCUGCAUAUUGUUCAAUGUGUCCAAGUGGUGGCACACGCAAUGGUCUGCUCUUCCUGAACAAGAAAAGAGCGGCGGUGACUACAGCCGUCCUGGUGUCUUGAAUCGAUGGGUGUUGAGCCGAUUGGCAAGUGUCGUCCAAAGCUGCAACGAGAGCUUCGAAAAGGACCAAUUCCACGUUGCAGUGAACACACUGGAGACGUUUGUUGGAGAAGAUCUGAGCAAAGUGUUCGUUCGCUUGAGCCGCGCUCACUUCUCCCGCGACCCCAGCCUCACCUUUCAGCCAGGGGCAAAGACGCGCUGUUUGCAGACAAUGAGGACAGUCCUGCUCUACGUGUCCAGGCUAGUGGCGCCCCUGGCGCCAUUCUUUGUCGAUACCUUGCAUCGAAGUCUCAUGGAAUCCUUGACUGGAUUUGCCAGCCCGAAUCACUCUGUGCAUCUUGCGGCCUGGCCAACACCCGCGGAUGUGUCAAGCUGGCUGGAUCCUCUCGUAGAAAAGCAAAUGGGGUGGCUCUUGUCCUUGAUGGAAGCCGGUCGCGCUCUUCACGCCAAGGGUGACAGACCCGGGAGGCUCCCCCUGGCUCAGGCAUGGGUCUCGCGAAAGGAAGACGCUGAGAGUACUUCGCACGACGAACUGGCGCAGCUGCUUGGCUUUGCGCUCAAUGUGCGAAAGGUUUGUGUACUGAGCCAAGAGCAAUUCCAAGAAAAGUUGCAGGAGGUGCAAGAGCCGGUGCUCGCUCCCAACUUGGGCAAGCUCGGAGCCCGAUACAAGGAAGAGGCGAAGGAACUUCUGAACGCAUUGGAGCUGGAAUUCGGGCCUCUCAUUGUCAACGACGAGAAGAAACAAAAGAAGGCACUGGCCAAGAAAGGACCCGGCAGCUGGAAGGGAUCCAAUGCAGAGAAAGCACUGCAGCUACUCCAAGCAGAAGGAGAGUUGGUUGUUGAAACUGCGGGAAAAACGUACAAUCUGCACCUGGAAGAUUUCAACGUCUCGUGGCUGACUCGAGAGGGUUUCUCUGUGUCGCCAGAAGCCGGUCUGGUCUUGGACUUGACCGUGAACGCUGAGCAGGUGUCGGCUUAUCUGGCCAAGGAGGUUGUGCAUUUCGUGCAUCAACUCAGGAAAUCCGUCGACAAGCAGCGUCUCGAUAAAGGGCAAGGUUCUUUGGGGCAAGUUUUCCUAUGUGUGGUGGUCCAGGAGAGGAAGAAUGGAAGUGCGAGCGAGGAGCCCGUUUUGACGGAUGUGGAUUGGUCUGUGGUGUUGCAAGCGACAAUGGCGAAUCCCCUCAAAUCUUUGCUGGUGCAGCGACCGGACCCCAAGGUGCUUGUUGACUGCGAGGUAGCUGCUCGCGAUGGUCGAUUGCAGUCAUUGGAGGUUCGCGGAUACGGCGACAGUUGUGUUGGAUUCCGCGUGUUUGUUCGGUGUGUUGAUGUUGUUGAGGAGGUUGAUAUGUGGAAGUGGUAG